AUGGCAACACAUGCACAGAAGAGAGAGGGUAACAUAAGCGAUGCUUUCUCUUCUCUCUCAGGUUUCGCCCCUGCACCGCUGGAACCACGCUUUGCAACUCUCAAGAGUGAAAAGAUCGCGGGCAAGGAAGACGUCAUACAAGAAUCAUUCCAUCGACUGCUCGAUGCUUUGAAAGAAGAGAUAGCAGUCUUCAAAGCACUCAAGAGUAAGGUUAUCCCUGAAAUUGACUUUAGAGACAUCAAGGAUGCAAGCACCAAAUUCAGCGCCGAGUACAAGUCUCGAGGGGCGGCAAUCAUAAGAAACGUGAUUCCUCCAGUCGAGGCAAUGGAAAUGAAAGAAGAGCUCCAGAAGUAUAUCGCUGCAAACCCGCAAACCAAGGCUUUUCCAAGCGACAAUCCUCAGGUAUAUGAACUAUACUGGUCACCAGCUCAGAUCCAAGCGCGAUCACAUCCAUAUCUCUUGGCCGCUCAAAGGUUCCUUCUUUCUCACUGGCACUCGAAGACCGCCGGUUCAUUGGUUUCUACAUCUAACCCGACGGUCUAUGCGGACCGACUGCGUAUGCGAACACCAGGAGAUAAUACCUUCGCUCUUGGUCCCCAUGUCGAUGGAGGCGGUCCAGAAAGAUGGGAGCCCAACGGAUAUGGACAUGUCUACGAGUCGGUCUGGCAGGGACGAUGGGAAGAGUAUGAUCCUUGGGAAAUCAGUUCUCGUUUGUCCGUGAAUUCGGAUCUAUACCAGGGCGUCGGAGCCUGCAGCAUGUUUCGUGCCGCACAAGGUUGGUUGUCACUAAGCACUGCAAAGGCACAUGAAGGGACUUUGCUGGUGAACCCGAUGCUGAAGCAUGCGACGGCCUACUACCUUCUACGACCCUUCUUCUCUGCCAAANAGGGUCCAAUGCAUCCAGAAACUGGAGUUUUCGAUGAAUCUUUCCUUGCGCCGAACAACUGGGUUCUGGACUCGCCCCAAACAUCUUGGCUCCAAGGUGCAUCGCCGGGCAAGGGGCAGGAGCUGAGUAAUUUGUUGCAUCCUCAUCUUGAGCUUGAUAGCACUAUGGUCCAUAUCCCCGAGGUUAGACCUGGUGACUACGUAGCCUGGCAUUGCGACCAGAUACAUGCAGUCGACAAGAAGCACGAGGGUACUGCUGACAAUUCCGUAUUGUAUAUUCCUGCGUGCCCCCUCACCAUUCGGAAUGCAGAGUUCCUUGCCCGCCAACGACAAGCGUUUCUUGAAGGAUUUCCCUGUCCCGGUUUUGGCGGUGGGAUUGGGGAGGCAGAUCACGUCGGUCGACCAGGCGUAGAGGACGUCGAAGCAGCAAGUCAAGGUAAAGAUGCAGGCAUGGUUGCAUUUGGCCUUCAGGAGUGGGAUAGUUCGGCGGCGGGCUUGAGUGAGACUCAGAGGGAGCUUUUUGACAGAGCGAACAAAGUCCUAGGCUUCUAUGAUUAG